AUGGUGCUGGUGGUAUACCGCGACAUGCGAUUCUCGUUCAGUCUCCUCGCUACGUUGAUCAGAGAGAGGGAACAUCUCAAAGACGCUCCGAUAUCCAGUGACGAAGUCCAAGCAACCUACGUGACUGCAGGUUAUCUCGCUGUUAUUGCUGCCAUGUUCGCAUUGGUGCGAGUCUGGGCUAAGUGGGCUAAUCUGGCACUCUGGAACCCGACGCAGCUAAUACUGAAUCCCGUGACUAACCUAACAAUUGGGAAAUCAUUCAAGGAAGGUGCGGCAGGUGUCAAGUACGAAUCGCUUUCUCUAGAAGAUGGCGAUAAAGCCUCAAACAUUGGGAUCAAAGCCUCAACUACUCGGUUUCAACUGGUACGCGUUGCUGUCGUCAUCCUGAGCCUUGUGGUGUUACCUGCGAUUGCUGUGGUAGCCCGGAGCGCUUGCUCGCCGCUCGUGGCGUACACAGCGUUAAACGUGACACUGAACGAGUUGCUUCUCCACAUGUUCGAACCUGCCCCCAUGGAGGUGAAACUUGCAAACUUAAUCGGGGAUGGACCGUGGGUAGAGAAGUUCAUCGACAAGGCCGAAGAUCACGAGCGCUUUGGAGAUGAUACACUGUACCGACGCACCACAGGCUUCAAAGGAGAGCUAGCCUUUAACGUCACAAUUGACAACGACAAUCCGCCAAAUGUUUUAAUCAUUGGAGUGGAAUCUUUCCGGUACCGAGACUCGCGGUACCUCGUGGGAGAGGAAGACCCGUCAAACUUGUUCAAAGGCACAAAUUUGACAAUAACGCCGAAUUUCGACCGAUGGGCGAAGCGAGGCGUCGCCAUGCGCAAUAUUUGGUCCAGUAUCCCGACCAGUCGGUCUCUGGAAAGUCUGUUAUUUGCGCAAGUUCCUUACCACAGCAACACACAGAGUGGGAUCACAGGAGGAAGAAAUGAGACGAAGCUUUCAGGACUGCCCCAACUUUUCUCUCAAAAAGGCUAUGAAACAUUUUUCACCACGGGAUCGUCAAUAAAGCUGGAUGCGUGGAAUGUUUUUUUGCCUACACAUGGCUACGACAAUGUGUGGAACGACAAGGUGAUGAAGUGGAUGGCGGAGGAGAAGUUCAAUAUCAGUCGCGAUGACUGGAGAGGCAGUGAACACCGAGGGCUCGGCUGGGGUGUCCAUGAUGACGUCAGCUUUCGACUUGUAGGCGACUUGCUACUGAACAAACUGAAGCAGCAAAGAAAAAGAAUGGCGCGUGGGGAGCCAAAGAAGCCCAUGUUUGUCACGCACUACACAAUUUCGAGUCACGAACCUUAUAAAUCAUGGCCCAAAUGGUACCAAAAGUCUGCAAAGCCCGACUUUUCAGCCAUGUACGAAGGCGAGGAACACGCAGACAGGAUCGAAAGGUACAUGAAAGUAAGGUAUUUUACCGAUAUGGAGCUUGGCAAGUUCAUGGAUCGUAUGCAGAAAGGAGGGUUCCUCAAUGACACUAUCGUGGUCAUUGUAGGCGACCACGGCCAAGCGCCCGAAAUCGACAAUUACCACUUACAUGAGGAAUCUGUGACGCGUGUACCAGCCGCGAUCAUUGCCGAAGGUCGACUGGGAGACGCUGUGGGUCUCGUGAUCGACGACGCAGCAGAGCAGUACGACAUUCUCAAUACUCUCGCGGACAUUACCGGCUUACCGACGGGAGGAUUCCAGCAGAAUGGCAUUGGACGCUCACUCAAGCGUAAAAUUCCUUUCGGGAAGCGUGUGGUGUUCAGUAACGACCCAUUGCGAAGGAUGGCGGUUAUCCGCGGUCACGAGCGUCUCAGUUAUGACGCUGUCACCCAGUCAAUGAUGCUUCACGACACUGAAAAGGACUUCCACAUGACAACGGAUCUGCUGCCUUCACUCAAGCCGGAAGAACGCAAGGAGUGGGAAGCUCUGCGAGAGGAUGGACGUCUCAUUACUGCAUAUUACAAGAAGCGAUGGGACGAGAAUUGCUUGCUCGCUGUUACGUGCAACAACACUAGCUACGUAUAGAGAUAGCGCUCUAAAU